UUAAUCAAUCCGAUUCCUUAUACAUAUGCUUAUGCGCUAUGCAUUGUUCGUCUGAAUAUAUCCUUACUGCCAUUACGGUUUAGUAGUUUAUGCGGGGCCGCGUUUCCAUUCUGACAUCGUUCAUUGUUCAUCGGUAUUCCUGUGCCCGAUGCGUCGAAUGUGAUCGUGUGGUCAGGAAUCGUUUGCUGCGAUAUUUUCUGUGAAUUUAAUACAUGUUUUUGACAAUCGUGUAAUACCGUGACGAAAUUUUGUAUUUUAUGAAAAUAGCAAUUGUUUACAAUAGUGGAGUUAUCGACAAAUGUGCUGAUUAAUCAAAUUAUUUUGACUUCCAAUUUCGUUGAUAUCUAUUAAUAUUCAAUGCUAUAUAUUUCAUUGAAUGGACUCAAGAUUUUAUGACGGAGAUUUGUAAUACUCCAAUUGUAUGUUUAAAUCUAUCUUGAUGGCAGUCAAUUUUAGAUUAAUCUGAUUUGUGCCACUUUUUUAGUCUAUUAUCGACACUUUUAGGUUAGAUUAUAUCCUAGUAGAAAUGGCGGAUAAAGCUAUGAUGAAGCAAAUUGCCGAGCAAAAGCUCAAGGCUUUCUCCAUUGGCACAAUGGGCAAGCGGCCGUUAAGUAAAAAAGAAUUGGAAGAGCAACGUAAAAAAGAACAGGAGCAAGCGGCUGCUCAAGCAUUUGAAGAGUUUGUGGCAACAUUUCAAGAAACACCUAGUAAAACAACUAGCAAGGUUUGGGUCAAGGCAGGGACAUAUGAUGCAGGCAAGAGACAGGAGGACACGAGAGAGAAAGGAAAGCUUUAUAAACCGCAAUCAAAAAUCUCGGAAUUGGUUGACAACAGAUCAUCAGCUGAACAGGCUCAAGAAUAUGCAAGAUUACUUGGAUCGAAUGAAAGAAAAUUAGAUAGGCUAGGCAAAAAGAAGAAAGAAGGUGAAAAGAAGAAGAGUAAUCUUGAAUUGUUCAAAGAAGAACUGAAAAUGAUACAAGAGGAACGUGAAGAAAGGCAUAAGUAUAAGGGUGUAGUGAAAACAGUAAUAUCUGCUCAAUCUGAAGAUCCAAUGAUGGCUGCUUUAAAAUGCGUGGAAGAUGGCUCGUUUGAUAAUGGCGAUCCAAACACCACAAAUUUAUAUCUGGGAAAUUUGAAUCCAAAAAUCACAGAACAGCAAUUGAUGGAAAUAUUUGGUAAAUUUGGCCCACUAGCUAGUAUAAAAAUAAUGUGGCCGCGUAGCGACGAAGAAAAAGCUAGACAAAGGAAUUGCGGCUUUGUUGCAUUCAUGAGUCGUAAAGAUGGCGAACGUGCGUUAAAAAAUCUGAAUGGUCGCGACAUAAUGCAGUAUGAAAUGAAGUUGGGCUGGGGAAAAAGUGUACCGAUUCCGCCUUAUCCAAUUUAUAUUCCGCCGGCUUUGAUGGAGAUCACGCAGCCACCGCCUCCGUCUGGUCUUCCAUUUAACGCUCAACCACAUCGUCGCGACAGACACAAGAUACCACGUAUUCGCAACCUCCAGAGCGCGGACCCGCAGGAAAAGGAAAACUUUGAAAAGGUUUUGCAGAAUGCUGUUGUCAAAGUGGUUAUACCAACAGAAAGGAAUUUAGUCAUGUUAAUACAUAGAAUGGUGGAAUUUGUAAUCCGAGAAGGACCGAUGUUCGAAGCGAUGAUUAUGAACAGGGAAUUGAAUAAUCCAAUGUUUAGAUUUCUGUUUGAAAAUUAUUCUCCUGCGCACACUUAUUACCGCUGGAAACUAUACUCUAUUUUACAAGGGGACGGGCAGAAGGAAUGGCACAUCGACGACUUUAGAAUGUUCAAAGGCGGAAGUGUGUGGAGGCCACCGCCAAUCAAUCCGUGGACGCAGGGCAUGCCAGACGAAUUAAUAGAAAUGGAAGAAAGACAAGAGCCUAGAAGGGGUAGUCUUUCGAACAGUCAGCGAGAUCGUUUAGAAGAUUUAUUGCGAAACAUAUCACCUGAAAGAAUAAAAGUUGCGGAAGCAAUGGUAUUUUGUAUAGAACAUGCCGAAGCAGCAGAGGAGAUUUGUGAUUGUAUUUCAGAGUCAUUGUCAAUACUGCAAACUCCUGUGAAUAAGAAAAUAGCAAGAUUAUACUUGAUAUCUGAUAUAUUGCACAACUGUGGAGUUAAAGUGACUAACGCCACUAUUUAUAGAAAGGCAUUUGAGACACGUCUUCUGGAUAUUUUCAGCGAAGUUCAUCAAGCGUAUAAACAGUUUGACAGUAGACUGAAGGCGGAAGGAUUCAAAGUUCGUGUUAUGCGAAUGUUCAGAGCAUGGGAAGAUUGGACUGUGUAUCCGAGAGACUUUCUCGUCAAAUUACAGAAUACCUUCUUGGGGCUCGUCUUGAUGGAUGAACCUGAGCCAGAGAACGAUGAGGAUAUCGACGGCGCGCCAUUGUCCGAUGUCGAUGGCGAUGGUACUGAAGAUUUGGACGGAAUACCCCUCGAUGGUGCUGCUUUGCUGAAAGGUGCCAUGAAGCAUGGCCUCACGCCACAACCGACUCCAAAUUAUGACGAUAUCGAUGGAGUGCCCAUGGAUGAAGACAUCGAUGGAGUUCCAAUGGACGACGACGACAGCGCAAACAUGAGAAAAGACGAUGAGAAAAAAUCGGCAAUGCCAGCUGGAUUCGUUCCUUCGCGAUGGGAAACUGUUGAUCCUGAUCAGGUGGAAGCGCAAGCGAUGACCACCAGCAAGUGGGAAGAGUUGGGCCAAAAUGAAGAUUCCAAUUCUCAAGAUACCAGUAUGGAUUCCAGCGGCAGGGAUUACAACGAAGAAAGACGAAACAGAUUGCGUGAGAUUGAAGUAAAGAUUAUGCAGUACCAAGAUGAAUUGGAAAGUGGCAGGAGAACGUUGAAGUCUGGUAUGACGAUACAAGCACAAGUGGAGCACUAUAGAAAGAAGCUUAUAAGAAAGAGCGAGAGAGAAAUGAAGGAUAUAAAGAGCGAAGAGCGAGAUGAUGACAAGCGAAGGGAGAAGAAGCGAAGUCGUAGCACGACGCCGGAAUCUCCGACUCACAGCUACAGAGAUCGAAGACGCUCGUCAAGCCCAAAAGUUGCAAGAUAUAGAUCGCGCAGUAGGUCGCCUCGGUCCAAACGCAGGUCAAGAUCACCGUACAAGAAACGUGUGCCAGUCACUCCAUCUCCUCCUCGCAUUCGGCGCACGCCAUCGCCUUCUUUUUCUUCGAACAGAGGAUCACGCAGAUCGCCUGUUAACGAGCGUUGUGACAGGAAAAGACGUAGAUCACCCUCCUUGUCGCCCCCGCCGCCUCCACGUACUUCCUCUAAACAUAGAGCCUGUAGUCCGCCUUCUCCUUCCUCACGUAAGCACAGACACAAGCAUAAAUAUUAAAUCACCGUUAUCAGAAUUACUUUUUCCACAGGACUAUUAAGACAUUGUUUUAGAUUACAUAACAUUUACUAUAUAUCUUGCGAUGCGUUACAUUCGUAGACACGCAUUAAUAUGACAAUGAAAAUAAGAAGUUAAUCUCUCGAUGAUUGUUUCUUCUCGAUAUACCUAACUUGUCUAUAUUUUCAGGAAGUUUCAAGUAAAUUUCUUAUUGUUUAGUUUUAUUAAAGUAAAACUUUUAUCUUUUACACUGUAAGAUAUUUGUACACAAUGUUUUCUGCUGAAUACGAUACUUAAAACAGCGCACAUAACGUGCAAUUCAUUUAAUACCUGAAAUAUUAAAUACAUUCUCGAAAGGAAAACGUAUAUGUAUAUACUAAUUAUAAAGUAUGAAAAAUAGAAUGGUCUUCGUGAAAUUUAUGCAGAAAAUUCUCAUUAUGCUCUUUAAGCUUUGAAAUCUUCACGCUCUGAAAAUUUUCAGUCUUGAGUGAAAUAAUCUUAUAUGUA